AUGACAUACAAAGGUCGACCCAUUCGAAUUGCAGGUGCCUCGGGCUCUGCCUCAGACCGACGCCAUGCCAUUGCUGAUUUUGCGCGUCAUCACCCAACCGAUCCUAUCGAUGUCAUUAUUGCGGAUUUUAUGAGCGAGUUCAACAUGGCCACCGCCGCGGGUCGGCGGGUAGACCAGUCGACAUCCCCAGACGCAGCAGCGCCUGCCUAUGAGCUGUCUUUUCUGGAGGCACUUGAGCCGGCUCUUGAUGACUUGGCCAAAUAUGAGAUCAAGCUGGCGGUCAAUGCGGGGGUGACAGAUACAAAGGGUCUUUACGACGUGGUGACACGCAUGGUGGAGGCGAAGAAGCUCGACUUGAAGAUCGCAUGGGUCUCUGGAGAUGAGGUGCUAUCUACCGUUCAGAAAGAGUUGAAUUCUGGGUCUGAAUUUCGCAAUGUCUACACCGGCGAACGGUUAGCGGAUUGGUCCUUUGAACCCAUCUAUGCCCAGUGCUAUCUGGGUGGUCUCGGUAUCGCGGCUGCGUUUGCAGAGGGUGCCGAUAUUGUACUGUGCGGGCGUGUGUCAGAUGCUUCGCCGGUAAUUGGGGCUGCGUACUGGUACCAUGGCUGGCAGCGCGAUGAAUUGGACAAGCUUGCCAACGCCUUUGUGGCAGGCCAUCUGAUCGAAUGUAGCAAUUACGUCUGCGGUGGAAACUUCACAGGCUUCAAGGCCCUAGAGAAUGCAGAGGGAGAUGGUUGGACGAAUAUCGGCUAUCCAAUCGCCGAGAUCUCUGCCGAAGGCGACGUUGUUAUCACCAAGCAGGCACACGCAACCGGCGGUGCAGUCACGGUCGAUACCUGCACUUCUCAGCUGCUAUAUGAAAUCCAAGGGCCCUGGUAUUAUAAUUCCGAUGUCACGGCUGUCCUCGAUGGUAUCCACUUCUCGCAGCGUGGCGUCAAUCGCGUCGCUGUUCAUGGGGUUCGGUCUGGUCCUCCUCCACCGACCACCAAGGUGGGCAUCACUGCACGAGGUGGGUUCCAAGCAGAGGCAUGGUGGUUCUUGACUGGUCUGGAUAUAGAAGCCAAAGCACGCAUGCUUGAGGCACAGAUCCGCAGAUCAUUGUCGCCAUAUUCGGAGAAAUAUACAUCUCUCAAGUUCGAUUUACUGGGGUCUUCCCUUCCUGACCCCUCCGACCAGAAUCGCGCAACUGUGCCACUGCGCAUCGUCGUGCAGGCGCGGUAUGCCGAGGACAUUGCCCCAACACGGUUCCUCAAGCAUAUCACCGAUAAUAUUAUGCAAGGAUAUCCCGGCGCUACCUUCCACUUGGAUUUGCGUCAGGGUUUCCCACGUGCCAUAUUCGAGUACUAUGUCAGCUUGCUCCCGCAAUCUGCAGUCCAGCACCGUGUGCAUAUGCCGUGGAAGCCGACUGCGUCUACACAGACUCUGGAUAUCCCGCCUCCACCAAACACCAGAACUUACCCCUUGCGCCAACCCUCUCAGCCAACCACGCAGACUGGCGAAGCCAUCGACCUUGGGCGUGACUUUGGGCCGACGACUCGUGGCCCGCUGGGCUGGAUUGUUCACGCUCGGUCCGGUGACAAGGGGGCCGAUGCCAACUGUGGUUUCUGGGUCCGUCACCGCGACGAAUACCAAUGGCUGAGAGCGUUGUUAUCUGUCGAUACAGCGCAAAAGCUGCUGGGAGAUGAUGGACGCGAAAAUCCUCAGCUGGCGAUCGAACGCUUCGAGCUGCCUAGUCUUCAUGCGGUGCAUUUCCUUUUCCGCAAUCUAUUGGACCGCGGUGUCGGUGUGACGACCACGGUUGACUUCCUAGGCAAGAAUGUGGCGGAAUAUCUGCGGGCGCGGCAUGUUGACCUUCCCGUGCGGUUCUUGAACCGCGGAAAGUUGUAG